CCAUCCUCGGAUCGUCCGUCGCUGUGGGUUCUCGGUCGGCCAGCAACCCCCCCAUCGUCGAGUUUCGAGUCCAGGCAUCCACAGCCCGAAAGGCACUUUGUUGAGCUUCCUGUUUGCACAUUUUCUAUUUCCUUUGUGAAAAAUGGCAUCAGCGAAGGCAACGUUUAUCGCGAUCCUAUUGGCCGUAGCGACGAUCGGUGUGGUAGCUGCACGAGAUAUACCCGAGUUCCUGCAUAUUUGCCAGACGAAUGAACCACACUAUGAGACAUGUAUCAAAAAUAGCAUCGAGCAUUUGAAGCCGUAUCUUAAGACAGGUGUACCGGAAUACAACAUUCCGUCAUUGGAGCCUCUCAAAUUAAAAAAAUUAAUAUUCGCUCCAACAAAUAGCAUACGAGUAAUGGCAAGCGAUAUCAACGUUAAUGGUGCCAGUAACUUUCUAUUUGUUUCUUUAAGAUUGGACUUUAAUACCCUGCAGUUCUUGGUGGAUGUUGCAUUACCAAAUAUCCAGGUUGAAGGGAAAUAUGAGAUCGAUGGCAAAGUAUUAUUACUUCCGAUUCGCGGAUCUGGUCCGAUGUUCGGCAACUUCUCAAACUGCAUAGGCGCAUGUAAAAUACAGAUUGCGAAAUAUCUUGAUGAGAACGGCGAAGAGAAGAUACGCAUCAUCGACUUCAGGAUGAAAAUCUCAGUGGGCAAAGGUACGCUAAAGCUAGACAACUUGUUUGGCGGCGAACAAGUUCUUGGAGACGUCAUCAAUUCGGCAAUCAACAACAACUUCGAUUUAUUUAUGAAAGAAUUCUUGCCACUCGUGGAAAAAGCACUAUCGGAUGCAUUUCAAAAUAUCGCUGGCAAUAUUAUUCAACAAUUUACAUUCGCCAAGCUCUUCCCUGGUGCAUAAAUCGAUGAUUCAGACAAUUGGGCGGGCUGGAAAAUACACAUUAAAUAGGAGAAUCUAUUGCGAAAUAAAAACAAUAGAAUAAACUAGAGAAAUUUAUUGCUACUUUCCGUUACAUCGAAUCUUUUUUGAGAAAUUGCACAUGUGCAUAUUCGGCUAAGAUUCGCAUCAACUUGGUGAAUUUGUUGCGAUUUUGUGCGGAUAUGGAGAUUCAGCCUAAUUAACACUAAAUCGAAAUUCUGCUUCGGUAAAAAGUAGUGGAUAAUAGAAUUAAAUCAAGAUCAUGGAACGAUCUUGAUGUUAUUGAUGUUAUUUCUAAAUAAUUAUAACAAAAAA